UUAUACAUAAGCACAAAACAAAAACGGAGAGGAAAAGAUUAGAGCGGGUGAGGUAGAGAGAUUUUUCUAUCAAUGGCAAUAGAACAAACACUAAUAUCAACAAGAAACCUCUUCGUUUCUACUCCAAGAAACCAUAAUUCAUGCGCUCUAAUCCCCAUCUCUAGACAUUAUUUUUCGAGUCCGCCCUUGCCUUCUCCCUCGAAAUUUAGUUUGAAAUGUUCGUUUGAUUACAAAGACCAUAACUACACUCAGGUGGCCUACCCAAAGCCGCAAGAGAUUCCCUGGAGGAAGGAACUUACUAAUACGGUGCAGCUAAUCGGCGUGGUUGGGAACGCCGUCGAAAUUAAGCACCUUCCCUCCGGUAAAGUCGUCGCCUGGACCCGUCUCGCUGUCAGAAAAUCCGCCACUGACACUACCUGGAUUAAUUUGACAUUCUGGGAUGAGCUGGCACAUGUUGCAUCGCAGCAUGUACAGAAAGGCAACCAAAUAUAUAUCUCUGGUCGGCUGGUUUCAGAUAUGGUUGAUAGUGAUGAAGGAAAACAGAACACCUACUAUAAGGUUGUUGUACAACAACUGAAUUUUAUUGAGAGGAGCUCCCCGUCAGUGGCGUUAUAUGAUCAUGAAUCUAAUUUCAUGACAGCAGGUAAAAGGCUUGGCAAUAAUUUUGGAAGUAACAUGGGUUCUAUUGAAGAGCUAUGGCAAGCGUUUUUUGCUAAUCCAGUGGAUUGGUAUGAUAAUAGGAAGAACAAGAGAAAUCCCAAGUAUCCAGAUUUCAAACACAAAGAUACUGGAGAAGCUUUAUGGGUAGAAGGCAGGUACAACCCACCCUGGGUGAAGUCUCAGCUUGCAAUACUAGACACCAGAAUGGGCACUCUUCAUGAUGAUGAUUCUAGGACGCAUGCAAAAUUUAUGGCUGCCGACGAUGUCAUACCUUUUUGAUAGUUUAUUAUCUUGAUUACCCAACAUCAUUACCAUUUCAGCAAGUAAUUUUGAGCUUCGUACUCAAGUUUUCGCUCAAUGUUAUUUUCCGUUUGUCUCAAUACUGGCUUGCCUUACAUAGAUUGUAGGUGCAUCGUUUUCUAUCAGUGUGAUGUGUUUAUUUGAGCUUUUGAACCUUUGUUGGCAUAAUUCUUUUAUUUUUUCGCUAGUGCCCUUUUCACUA